UUCGGUGCUGCGCGUCCCGGUCUCCGUGCUUUGCGCUCGCUGUGUUCGGUGCUGUGUGUCCGUCACCUCGUUGCCUCUGGCCGCUCGUCUUCUCAUUCAUUUCUCCCUGCCCCGACUUGGAUCCUUACCUCCGAGCAUGCUGUCUGGUUAUUUCCCUGCUUCUCGCGCUCCGCCGGACUCCCCAGGCUCCAGUUCCUUGACUUCUGUGCCCCUCCUGCUUGGCUCCCUACUAUUAGAAAGCACAUUGCCCUGCUUACGAGUCCGUUCGCUCCGGGCACAGCGCUGUAUCCACCCCCUUCUCCCGGUGUGCUUGAUUUCUCGUUGGAACUGCGUUUUUUUUCAUCAGGGUUCUGUGUAGAACAAGAACCCGUGGGGGGGCAUUCCGAGGCAUCCCCAACCCCUGCUUCUUGCUCCAUUCUUACUGCAACAGAGUUUUACACUCAGGGACUUGAUCCUAUAGGCCCAGUACCGUAUCCACCUCAAUAUUACUUUCUAGUCCCCUCCCAUCGGUGUGCAGCUACCUCAGUUGAGUCUUUCCACAUCCACACCAAAUGGAGGUACCUUUUAGGGUGGCCUUUCACUCUUCUCCCAGUUUUUAAUUUUUAAUUCAGAUUGCUUCCUAAACUCCCAUCUUCACUUUCUAUAGUUAAUCUGGAACUCACAAUGUGACUUAAAAAAAAAAUGUGUGCCUGCGAGAUUUUGGAUGGCAAUUUCCCCAGUGGAAAGACUUUAAAUUGGCCCUUUUCUGUUCAACGAUCUGGGGGAAAUGAAGGGGUCAUUGAGUGUAUGAACUUUAUUUCUUUUUAUACAAGCCUCUAUUGCAAGUAACAGGGUCUGAUGUCUGUGAGUCCAGUGAGCUAAGUCCAGCAAUGUCUACAUACAACUGUGCCAUGCUGCCUCUAAUCCUUGCCCACUUUUUUCCUUCACAUGCUGAUAUUGAGGACUCAUGGGGCUUGAGUCAGAGCACCAUUCUUGGGGACCCUGGAACACUGGCAUGGAGACUGAGAGUGAGCAGAACUCUAGCUCCACCAAUGGGAGUUCCAGCUCAGGGGGCAGCUCUCGGCCCCAGAUAGCGCAGAUGUCCCUGUAUGAACGGCAAGCCGUGCAGGCUCUGCAGGCCUUGCAACGGCAACCCAAUGCAGCUCAGUAUUUCCACCAGUUCAUGCUCCAGCAGCAGCUCAGUAAUGCCCAGCUGCACAGCCUGGCAGCCGUUCAGCAGGCCACGAUUGCUGCCAGUCGGCAGGCUAGCUCCCCGAACAGCAGCACCACACAGCAGCAGACUGCUACCACCCAGGCCUCGAUAAAUCUGGCAACCACAUCAGCUGCCCAGCUCAUCAGCCGAUCCCAGAGUGUGAGCUCUCCCAGUGCUACCACCUUGACCCAGUCUGUGUUACUGGGGAACACUACCUCCCCACCCCUCAACCAGUCCCAGGCCCAGAUGUAUCUGCGGCCACAGCUGGGGAACCUAUUGCAGGUUAACCGGACCUUGGGCCGGAAUGUGCCUCUAGCCUCCCAACUCAUCCUGAUGCCCAAUGGGGCAGUGGCUGCAGUCCAGCAGGAGGUGCCGCCCGCUCAGUCUCCGGGAGUUCAUGCAGAUGCAGAUCAGGUGCAGAACUUGGCAGUGAGGAACCAGCAGGCCUCAGCUCAAGGACCCCAAAUGCCAGGCUCCACUCAGAAGGCCAUCCCUCCUGGAGCUUCUCCUGUUUCUGGCCUCUCCCAGGCUUCUAGCCAGGCCCUAGCUGUGGCACAGGCUUCUUCUGGGGCCUCAGGCCAGUCACUCAACCUUAGCCAAGCUGGUGGAGGCAGCGGGAAUAGCCUCCCAGGCUCCAUGGGUCCAGGUGGAGGUGGCCAGGCCCCUGGGGGCUUGGGUCAGUUGUCUUCUUCAGGAUUGGGUGGUGGAAGCUGUCCCAGGAAGGGCACAGGAGUGGUGCAGCCCUUACCUCCAGCUCAGACAGUGACUGUGAGCCAGGGCAGCCAAACGGAGGCAGAAAGUGCAGCAGCCAAGAAGGCAGAAGCAGAAGGGAGUGGCCAGCAGAGUGUGGGCAUGAACCUGACUCGGACGGCCACACCUGCCCCCAGCCAGACGCUCAUUAGUUCAGCCACGUACACACAGAUCCAGCCCCACUCACUGAUUCAGCAGCAGCAGCAGAUCCACCUCCAGCAGAAGCAAGUCGUGAUCCAGCAGCAGAUCGCCAUUCACCACCAGCAACAGUUCCCGCACCGCCAGUCCCAGCUGCUGCACACAGCUACACACCUCCAGCUGGCGCAGCAGCAGCAGCAACAGCAGCAGCAGCAGCAAGCAACAACCCUCACUGCCCCUCAGCCACCCCAGGUUCCACCUACUCAGCAGGUCCCACCUUCCCAGUCCCAACAGCAAGCUCAGACCCUGGUGGUCCAACCCAUGCUUCAAUCUUCACCCCUAUCUCUUCCUCCGGACCCAACCCCCAAACCACCCAUCCCCAUUCAGUCCAAACCACCUGUAGCACCUAUCAAACCUCCUCAACUAGGAGCUGCUAAGAUGUCAGCUACCCAGCAACCACCACCACAUAUCCCUGUGCAGGUUGUUGGUACUCGGCAGCCAGGUACAGCCCAGGCACAGGCUUUGGGAUUAGCACAGCUGGCAGCUGCUGUACCUACUUCCCGGGGAAUGCCAGGGGCAGUCCAGCCUGGCCAGGCACAUCUGGCCUCCUCGCCACCUUCAUCACAGGCUUCUGGUGCUCUUCAGGAGUGUGCUCCCACCUUGGCCCCUGGAAUGACCCUUGCUCCUGUGCAGGGAACAGCACAUGUGGUAAAGGGUGGGCCUACAGCCUCCUCCCCUGUCGUGGCCCAAGUCCCUGCUGCUUUCUACAUGCAGUCUGUGCACCUGCCGGGUAAGCCCCAGACACUGGCUGUGAAACGCAAAGCUGAGUCUGAGGAGGAGAGAGAUGACGGCUCCACAUUGGGCGCUCUGCUUCCUGCAAAGGCCUCACCAGCAUCAGAGAGCCCAAAGGCAAUGGAGGAGAAGAACAGUGUUGGAGAGAAAGCUGAAGCAGUGGCCAGUUUGAGUGCUAAUCCUCCAAGCAGUGACUUAGUAGCCUUGGCCCCACCCCCAUCAGCACCACCUCCUACUCUGGCCUUGGUGUCCAGACAGAUGGGUGACUCAAAACCCCCACAGGCCAUUGUGAAGCCACAGAUUCUUACGCACAUCAUUGAAGGCUUUGUGAUCCAGGAGGGAGCAGAGCCUUUCCCGGUGGGAUGUUCUCAGUUACUGAAGGAGUCUGAGAAGCCCCUGCAGGCUGGCCUUCCAACAGGGCUGAGUGAGAGUCAGUCAAGUGGCCCUUUGGGAGGAGACAGCCCUUCUGUAGAGUUAGAUAAGAAAGCAAAUCUCCUAAAGUGCGAGUACUGUGGGAAGUACGCCCCGGCAGAGCAGUUCCGCGGUUCUAAGAGGUUUUGCUCCAUGACAUGUGCAAAGAGGUACAAUGUGAGCUGUAGCCACCAGUUUCGCUUGAAGAGGAAAAAAAUGAAAGAGUUUCAGGAAGCCAGCUAUGCCCGUGUUCGGAGACGUGGACCCCGCCGCAGCUCUUCUGACAUUGCUCGUGCCAAGAUCCAGGGCAAGCGCCAUCGGGGUCAAGAGGACUCUAGCCGGGGUUCAGAUAAUUCCAGUUAUGAUGAAGCACUCUCCCCAACAUCUCCUGGUCCAUUGUCAGUAAGACCUGGACAUGGAGAACGUGACCUAGGAAACACCAUUACAGCUCCACCCACACCAGAGUUACAUGGCAUCAACCCCGUGUUCCUGUCCAGCAAUCCCAGCCGAUGGAGUGUAGAGGAGGUCUACGAGUUCAUCGCUUCUCUGCAAGGCUGUCAGGAGAUCGCAGAAGAGUUUCGUUCCCAGGAGAUUGAUGGACAGGCCCUUUUAUUACUUAAAGAAGAACACCUUAUGAGUGCCAUGAACAUCAAAUUAGGUCCUGCCCUCAAAAUCUGUGCCAAGAUCAAUGUCCUCAAGGAGACCUAAUGUGGCCGUCUGCACAAAUCAGCCUAAAGCAAAUGCCCCAAGCAUUCAGGCUAUAACCUGGGGCCAGCAGACUUUGCAGGGAAGAGCGAGCUGUUCCUCUUACGUGACCCCAGGUGGAGUAUGGAGACAGACUUCUGCAAGCGUUGGUUGCUGGUGCUACAUAGUGGCAGCUUUGCCACUUCUCUCUGGGUUUCACCUUAAAACACACACAACCCAUUCUCACUAUUCACACCUACCCUAAUCCAGUUUUCAAGCAGGCAGACUAGAGACUAGGACUACUCAACCUUAUCCUGGAGAGGAGUGACUAGCCAGGGUCUCACUUCUCAAGAGGAAGAAUGUCUUGAAUGGUAAGGCAUGGAAAUGGGUGAGAUGUAGGUUUGCUUCCCCACUGGGAGAGGGCAGUUUUCCUAGCUUGUGUGACACAAGUAGCAAAACCUGGUACUCUCCGUCUCUCAACUGUCUCAUUGUGACUGUAGCUCAGUUUCUGUUAUCAUUUUCUCCCUUAGUACUGACUGUUUCCUCCUGCAUCCAUGGCAGGGUCACCAGCCAGUGUACACUUGGUUGGUAUCUGAUUUGCUGCAGGGACUAAAGGUAUUGGACUGACACGUGUGGCUGUCGUCAUUCUUUCUGCAUCCCCGCUCCCUUCUCAUUUGUUAUCAUCUUCACCCCUUUUUCUAUUCCACCUCUGCUCUUUCCUAUAGCUUUACAGAACAGGAGUGUGUGGGGCUAAGGUCAGGAUUGUAAGCACCUGCCUUAGGCACUAUUAUUCCUUAUACAAAAUAUUAAAUAUUUUUUUCUUCCUCAGUAAAAGGCUGAAAAUUGGUCUCCAUUGUUACUUCAUUCCAUUGUUUAUUCUCCUUAACACAAAUGACAAAGCCAGCAUGUUUUGUAUGUUUUUUAAUUAUUAUGUUUUUAUACAAAAAGUGGUGUAUUAUUUUUCAUUUAAAACACCAGGAAAGGAUGCAAACAACAAAUGAGAUGCCUUUUUAAAAAAUAACAUUAAUUUUCUUAUAUAGAAAGAAAACAAAACGCCCACUACCAUUGCAAGGGUACUGAGAAGUUAGAGUGUAUCAUUUCCUUCUCUAAGGUAACAGGUAGCCCUGCCUUUCCACAUCUCCUGUCUUCAGAUGAGCUGAGCUGUUACUUAGUAGCCUAGGUGUUCACUAUGUGAUUCUGGGCACAUGGCCUAAACAGAAGUGGGAGAGGAUUAAAAACUUUUUCUCAUAGGUACAUGGGUAAGACACUUCCCUGAGCCAGCAGGAGGGACAGGGGCAGCAGUGUUCCCUACCCAGAGCAGAGAACUGCAGAACCCUCCAUGUCCACGUCUGCUUCCAUUCCCUUUUUUUUAAGAUUGGGAAAAAUGUAAAAAGCCAAACUACAGACCAGUGAGAAAAGUGCAAUACAAGUUUGGAAGUACUAGUGGAGAGGGAUGAGCAAGAAACGGAAAAAAGGCAAAGCAAUCCCACCACAAGGGGACACAGGUUCUAGGGCUUCUAUAGCAUAGGUCUAUUUCCUUUAGGAUAGGACUGCCUGAUUACGUACUUGGGCUACAUAUGGAUUUCUAACCACAACCAGAGCCCAAUUGUAGCCAUCCAGCCACAGAAAGACCAGAACAAUGUGACGGCACCUUAGAAGCCAGUAGUGGGGAAAUUUCACAUUUCUUUCAUGUCCUAAUCCCACACAAGGGACAUUUUAGUGACUCGCUGCAGGCUCAAAGCAAGUGGCAGUAUUUGGGCUACAGCCAGGUAAGCACUGCAGAGCAGCUCUACACAGUCCAUCAUGGAGACUGCUAUGGGGGUAGCAACAACAGGAAGACGGCAGAGCUACAAGCAGUCUUUU